AUGGCGGCGAACGGUGAUAAAUACGGCAAUGAUCUGGACUCGGAUUCGGAUUCUGGUCCAGGCUCUCCGGGACUUGACGCACAAAACGAUGUAGAUGACAACGUUCCUGAGCUUGAUGAGAAGCCAGUGAAGUCGGCGCUGAAGAAGUCCGCACAAAAAGAAACUGCCCCAGCUAUCAUACGCCCUACUCUCCCACCCCAAACAGAGCCAAAGGAUCUGGAUAUUAAGUCCUUGACUCCUCUGACCCCCGAAAUUAUCGCCAGACAGGCAACGAUCAAUAUCGGUACUAUUGGACAUGUGGCGCAUGGAAAAUCUACCGUUGUGAAGGCGAUUUCAGGAGUCCAGACCGUUCGGUUCAAGAAUGAGUUGGAGCGCAAUAUCACAAUCAAGCUUGGUUACGCCAAUGCGAAGAUCUACAAGUGCAAUAACCCCGAAUGUCCCAGACCAACAUGCUUCAGGAGUUACAAGAGCGAGAAAGAGGUGGAUCCUCCCUGUGAGCGAGAAGGAUGUGAAGGUACAUAUGAAUUGCUUAGACACGUCUCCUUCGUUGAUUGCCCUGGUCACGAUAUUCUCAUGAGCACUAUGUUGUCUGGCGCAGCAGUCAUGGAUGCCGCUCUCCUACUAAUUGCAGGUAACGAAACCUGCCCACAACCUCAAACUUCCGAGCAUCUUGCAGCUAUCGAGAUUAUGAAGCUUGACAAGAUCAUUAUUCUCCAAAACAAGGUCGACUUGAUGAAGGAGGAGAGUGCAAACCAACACUACCAGUCGAUAUUGAAGUUCAUUCGAGGAACCGUUGCUGAUAAGAGACCCAUCGUCCCAAUAUCUGCCCAACUGAAGUUCAACAUUGAUGCUAUCCUCGAGUCGAUUGUCAACACAAUUCCCGUCCCUCCCAGAGAUUUCUCCAUGGACCCUGAGAUGAUUGUCAUUCGAUCCUUCGAUGUCAACAAGCCAGGCGCUGAAAUCGAAGAGCUGAAGGGAGGUGUGGCUGGUGGGAGUGUCUUGCACGGUGUCUUGAAGCUCGGCGACGAGAUCGAGAUCCGACCUGGAAUUGUUACUAGAGAUGAGAAGGGAGCUAUCAAAUGCACACCAAUUUUCAGCAGAAUUGUCACGCUAAACUCGGAGCACAACGAUCUCAAGUACGCAGUCCCGGGUGGGCUUAUUGGUGUCGGAACACGAAUUGACCCUACCCUCUGCCGUGCUGAUCGUCUGGUUGGUUUCGUUCUUGGACUCAAGGGCCGACUACCAGAUAUCUACACCGAGAUCGAAGUCAACUACUUCUUGCUCCGUCGUCUAUUGGGUGUCAAGACUGCCGAUGGCAAGCAAGCCAAGGUCGCUAAGCUGGCGAAGAAUGAGGUUCUAAUGGUGAACAUUGGUUCCACGGCAACCGGAGCCAAGGUAGUCGCUGUGAGGGCUGAUGCUGCGAAAUUGGUACUCACCAGUCCGGCGUGCACAAACAUCGGCGAGAAGGUUGCUUUGAGUCGUCGUAUUGAGAAGCAUUGGCGCUUGAUAGGAUGGGCAAACACCAUGGCGGGCGUUACGCUUGAACCCAGCGUUUCUUAG